AUGUCUCAACUGGAUUUAGCAAUGCAGAACAAAGUGAUCAAGCAUUUGGAAGAAAUAGAAGAAGCUGGAGAGAUGGUGUUGGCAAAACAACAAGAGUGCAUAGUUUAUGAUAGAAAUCGACAAAAGUCACGUGAAGCCGUGCGAAAGCUGAUCCAACUGGAGUCGGAAAAUAAGCAAUGGGUUUGUUUGUCCGAUCAAUUUUUUCUUUUUCCAUCCACUGGUCUAAGAAGAGCACUUGAAGAAGAUAUUAAAGUUUAUGAUUCCGAAAUUCAAAAGUUAAAAGACCAAUUAAAAGAAGAUGUUAACUGGUUACACGAACUUGAAGAAAAAGAGCCACUCAAAGGAUUUGACCUUUUAACUAUCAAAAGCGAAAGCCACUACAAUGUUUAG